UGUUUCCAAAGGAUGAGGUGAAUAGUUUAGCUAUAAAAAUCUGGCAAUUUGGCGCAACAAUCUAUUCCGAAUGUCUAAAACAACAGUGGUGGGGGACUUUACCUGCGUCCAAAACCGAUAGCAGCUGCAGUUAAAGUUGUCUUCUCGACGUAUUGCGAGGAUACUGUAAUGAGAAUUUCAUCACAAGCCCGACGAAUUUGGCUGUUGAAAGAUGCAAAAAUGUGGAUUACUAAUCUUCCAACAACGAUGUCCUUUGCUGGCAGCUGCCACAAACUAGAUUUGAAAUUCUUACAUUCACGAAGCUUCAAAGCUACAGUUAAAGAUGGUCAAAAGAAAAUCAAUCUCAGGGAGUCCGAUGAAAACGUCGUCACCUCGGAAAAAGUCCAGUGCUGGACCAGUGAUACAGACGUCUGAAUUUGAUGCUUUUGAAGAGCUCCAGAAAGUGCUGCGCAUGCGUAUUUCUCAGAUCCAAAGGCCUCCAUUUAUCAGUGGAUAUGAAAGUGAAAAGAAACAGCUCCAUGAUCUCAUUCAGCGGACGGCCGUGACAGGGGAAAGCAAUUCAUUACUCCUGAUUGGGCCAAGGGGAUGUGGGAAGUCUAUGCUGAUUCGCAACGUGGUUGAAAGUGUGUGUAAAAAAGAAUCUGUCAGGAGCAACUUGCUUGUGGUUCAGCUCAAUGGUUUACUUCAGACUGAUGACAAGGUUGCACUGCGGGAGAUCACAGUCCAGCUUCAGCUAGAAAAUGCUGUCGGAGACAAAGUUUUUGGAUCAUUUGCUGAGACGCUACAGUUUCUUCUGACCGCGCUUAAAAAAGGCGACCAGGGCAGCAAGCCCAUCCUGAUAGUCCUGGAAGAGUUUGACCUGUUUGCUCAGCACAAGAACCAGACGCUGCUCUACAACCUCUUUGACAUCACGCAGUCGGCACAGACUCCUUUGUGUGUCAUUGGCCUCACCUGUCGGCUGGACGUGGUCGAGCUGUUGGAAAAGCGGGUCAAGUCUCGGUUCUCCCACCGGCAGCUCCACCUGUACAACAAGCUCAACUUGUCGCAGUACAGACAACUCUGCCAGGCUUAUCUCAGCCUGGGCGCGGCCUUCCCGGACAGGAAGUUUGCGGACAGUUGGGAUCAGAGCAUCAAGGAGCUCCUGGAAGAAGUGUCUGUGAAGGACAUCCUGGAGCGACAGUUUUCCCUGACCAAUGACGUCCGCGGACUCAUGACUCUUCUGACCUACCCUGUGUGUAAACUUUGCGAGCAGCACCCGAGGAUUACCGCGGGAGACUUGGUCACGUCGUUCAAGAUCAUCUCCACAGACACAAAAUCUGCCAUGUUGCAUGGGUUGUCCAUCUUGGAAGUGUGCCUGAUCAUUGCAAUGAAACAUUUGACGGAUAUAUAUGAGGGAGAGCCAUUCAACUUUGAGAUGGUUUACAGCGAGUACCUCAAGUUUGCAAGGCGACGUUCUGGCAUGCAGGUGUACGAGAAGCCAGUAGUGAUGAAGGCUUACGAGCAUCUGCAAACGUUGGAGCUCAUCAGGGGUCAUGGAGGGGGUCAAGGUCAGAGAGAAUACAAGCUGAUGACGCUCUUGGUUCACCCGACGCAGAUCCUUGAUGCCUUACAGCACUACCCAGGCUGCCCCACAGAGAUCAGGCAAUGGGCUACUCAGUCCAUCACGUGAAGCUGUUGUCUAGUGAUAUGUGCUGAUACUGAUGAGAUUGUAGUUUGGUGUCUACAGCUGUGUGUGUGCAAGUACAAGUAUAUGUCUGUGUGUAAGUGCAAAUAUGUAUAUAUUAUGCAUGUAUAUCAGUGUG